ACUUAAAUGCCCUUGACCAUGUAUUAGGUAAAACGGCGACGUAUCCGUGAUCUGGUCUGCGCCUCCGGUCGUAUAAACUCACAGUGGAGACGCAAAUCGUGUGUGUGUGUGUUUGUGUGAGAGAAUCAGUGAUGAGCGGAGCAGCGUCGUAUCUGGCGAGGAGGGCAGCGCAGAGGGAGAAAGUCAGAAUCCUCUACAGACGUGCCCUCAAAGACACUCUCAAUUGGGCCGUUCACCGCCAUCUCUUUUACCCCGAUGCCGAUGCACUUCGUGAGAGAUUCGAUGCGAACAAGAACGUGGAAGAUAUUGAAACAAUUGAUAGAAUGAUUGCUGAUGGUGAGGCACAGUACAAUAAGUGGCGACACCCUGAUCCUUACAUUGUUCCAUGGGCUCCUGGUGGCAGCAAGUUUACUCGCAACCCUACACCACCUUCUGGGAUUGAGAUUGUGUAUGAUUAUGGUCGAGAGGAUCACAUUUGAAUCUAAUAUGGCUCCAUGGCAAUAAAUCAAGGUGGUUUGAGUAGCAAGUGUUUUGUGUGACUUUUUGUCAUCAAAGACAGACAUAAGACAUUGGUAUGAAUUGUUUUAAUGAAUGUGUUUUGAUUGGGGCAUGAAUGUUGAUGAAAACUUUCUCCUUUCAUUUCAUGGCUCUUUGCAGUAUUUCUUUUUUCUUUUGGGGGAACUUUUAUGCACGACUUUUAUACUUGUCUGUUAUCAUUAUUAUGAAUAAGUUGCUGAUACUGAUUUUUUAAAAUACCAACUUUAUUUCUUUUCCAUGUAAAUGCCCCUC